GAUCGCGUUCUGUAGUUGUGCUCUCAAGUUUCCUCCAUUCUCGACUCCAACUUAUCCUGUCGUGCCGCUUCGUCAGUACUCGUGUAUUCCACUGAGGGUAUCGUCGGUCGCUUUGGGCUCUCUGUUGUCGAUUAGGAAGAUCACACUUACUCGGGGGUCCAGAACAACAUUACCAUGGCUGCGUUCCGAGCACCUCCACGGAAAGGAGAGAACUUCGAGCUCAGCGCAGACCUGAAUAGUGAAUACAAGGAGAAGCGGAAGGAUGCAAUCAAAAGAGUUAUCGCUAACAUGACUGUCCAAAAGGACGUCAGCGGACUGUUUCCCGAUGUAUUGAAGAACAUGCAGACAGAUGACCUUGAACAGAAGAAACUGGUCUACCUAUAUCUCAUGAACUAUGCCAAAACUCAACCGGAGCUGGUUAUCCUUGCUGUCAAUACGUUCGUGAAGGACACCGAUGACCCCAAUCCACUCGUCCGUGCGCUGGCGAUCCGCACAAUGGGUUGUUUACGAGCGGAGAAGAUUAUCGACUAUCUAUGUGAUCCUCUGCAGAAAUGUCUGCGGGAUGAGAACCCUUACGUUCGCAAGACGGCAGCCCUCUGCGUUGCAAAGUUGUACGACCUCAAGCCGGAGUUGGUGAUUGAGAAUGGAUUUCUUGAGACGUUGCAAGAGAUGAUCGCUGAUAGUAAUCCCAUGGUCGUUGCGAACACUGUAGCUGCUCUGACCGAUAUCCAUAUUGCUGCGGCUGCGGCUGGUUCAAACACCGAGGUGUUUGUUAUCACAAGUGCUGUACUCAACAAACUUCUCAUUGCACUGAACGAAUGCUCUGAAUGGGGUCGCGUUGCAAUCCUGAACGCAUUGGGUCGUUACGAGACACAUGAUGAUAGGGAGAGUGAGCAUAUAUGCGAACGUGUCGUACCUCAGUUCCAACACGCAAACGCCAGCGUUGUACUUUCCGCUAUCAAGGUUAUCAUGAUUCAUAUGCGAAGCGUCCGUUCGGAAACGCUCACGAAACAGCUGGUUCGCAAGAUGGCCCCACCAUUGGUGACAUUGCUAUCUAACCCUCCAGAAGUGCAAUGGGUGGCUCUCCGUGAUAUCAACCUUCUGCUUCAGAAACGUCCAGACAUUCUCUCAAAUGAGAUGAGAGUGUUUUUCUGCAAGUACAAUGAUCCACUGUACGUGAAGGUCGAGAAGCUGGAUAUCAUGGUCAGGCUAGCUGGACCGAACAAUGUCGAUGCUUUGCUUAGCGAGCUCAAAGAAUACGCUUCGGAAGUUGAUGUCGACUUCGUUCGCCGGAGUAUCAAAGCUAUCGGUCAGACUGCAAUUAAGAUCGAUGAAGCUGCAGAGCGAUGUGUCAACGUCCUCAUGGAGCUUAUUGGUACCCGGGUUAGCUAUGUCGUCCAGGAGGGCGUGGUUGUCAUGAAGGACAUUUUCCGAAAGUAUCCCUCAACAUACGAAGGUGUCAUUCCAACCCUGUGCGCCAAUCUUGACGAGCUGGACGAACCCGAAGCAAAGGCUUCGCUCAUCUGGAUUAUUGGUGAAUACGCUAACAAAAUCGAUAAUGCCGAUGAACUUCUUGGCAUUUUCGUUGACUCUUUUACUGAGGAAUCAUACCCUGUACAAUUACAAACUCUUACGGCUGUCGUGAAACUCUUCCUCCGAAAGCCCGAUACUUCACAAGGUCUUGUCCAACGUAUACUUAACACUGCGACAAAGGAUUGCGAUUCGCCAGAUGUCCGGGAUCGUGCUUACAUUUACUGGAGGUUACUUUCGACAGAUCCAGGUGCCGCAAAGGCCGUUGUCCUAGCGCAUAGACCACCAAUUAGCCUACCUCGUACAACUGUUUCGCCAGCUCUGCUGGAAGAGCUGCUAGGCGAGAUACCCAGUCUUGCUAGUGUGUAUCACAAGCCAGAGGAAACUUUCGUCGGUCGAGGCCGUAUCGGUGCAGAUGCUAUACCCAAGGGCGGAUCUGAGCUUGCCGACGAUCGUGCAACGGCUCAGAAAGCUUUCCAGACCGUUGCUGCUGGCCAGCAAGCCGAGAACCUGCUCAACUUCGACGACCCUACCUCCAACGAUGGACAGCAGCCAACCGGUCUUGCCGCAACAACCGUACUCACCUCGACGCCUGCAGCUACGAACUUGCUUUCGGGGACAUCAAGCAACCCGCUGGACGACCUGGUAUCGAUAUUUGGCAAUACGGGUAUCGGGACCAAUGCGGCACCACCACCUACACCUGGCCAGCCACAGACACAUCUCAACGCUUUCGGUGGCUUGUCUUUCGGUGGACAACCCAUGUCACCAGCUCCUCCGAUGACACCCUCGGUCCUGCAGGCGGUGUCACCGCCUCCGCAGCAGCAACAACAACAAGGGGCACAAGAUGACCUAUUGGGAUUGUUUUAGAGGUCGUGUAAUGUAUGGUAGUCAGCCGUUUUGUUGUGUUUUAUUUUAUUUUAUUGGAUUUUACUUGUACUAGUCACGUUGAGAAGCACUCUUGAGUGAGAGGCGAGCAUGCAGAAGUUUCACUCCAUUCCCCAAUUCUUAUUUGGUCUCAAAAAUUCUGCAGUAGUGGGAACUUCGUUGGCUAUUGCAGAAGGGCCAUAAUUGGGCUGGAAGUCUGGUAAUCUAAGUGAACUAGAGAUGCUGUAUCGUGCCUGUUGUCCAAUGUGAGCAUUUGAUGGUUUGCAACACAGCGAAAUGUCCACAAAUAGUAGCAUUGCUUCCUGGUAGGUAUGAAAGCGUGUUCCCUGAUGUCAUCGAUGUUUUAAGGAUGUGGCGGCUACCGUAGUUGUGUACAGGAUUCUC